AUGGCGUCCCGCAACGCGCUCUCCUCCUCUCCUGUCCCUGCCGCUGCUGUGUCCGGCCUAAGUCCCAGCGGGAUCGAUCCGCGCAUCCGCCGGCUCGCCCAACGGGCAGCAACAGCAGCAGCGGUGAUAGGAGGAGCGAAAAUCGCCGCCGCCGAGGAGCUCGCGAGGGCCUGCGCCGAGGAGCUCGCACUGGCCGCCGCCGAAGCCAGCGCAGCUGCCGAAGCCAGAGGGGUCGCCGCAAGGCUCGCCGCAAGGGCAGCAGUCGCCUCCGAAGGGACUGUUCUGAGGAAGAAGAAGCGUCGGGCGGAGUCUCCUCCAAGCCGGUCCCCGGGACCGCAGACUCGCGCCCCCGCACUUCGCCCUCGGAUCGGGCCGGAGCGGACGCUGGAAGAUCUCGAAGCAGCCGCCGAUGCUGAGAUCUCCAGCUUCUACGCCGUGCUUGCUGCCUGCGCUGCUACUGGCGCCCCCUUCCCCGUUCGCGCCGCUCGCGGGACGCCCUUCGUCCUUCCCGCCUCCGCCUCCGCCUCCGCCUCCGCCUCCGCUCCCGCUCCCGCUCCCGCUCCAGCACCACCGGCCCCCCAGACUCCCUCCCGCGUGCCGCCCAGCCAAGUGGGCUUCUUUACUCCUGUGGCCCCAAGCGUGCUGACUCCUCCUGUCCGGGCACCCCGCAGGACAGUCGAGGAGGAGCUCGCUGAGGCCGAGGAGGUAAGCCGCCUGCUUGGUCUGCUCCCCCCCACCAUGUACGAGAGGGCAAUGCACGGGCUUCCGGGCAUGUUCCGGGCGGCGGGGCAAUCCCAGGCUGUUCCUGGUUCAAGAGCGACGCUCUUGGACCAGCUGACAAUCCAGCACGCCGCCCCGGUCCCGGUCGCCCAGCAGCUCUCGGCCAUGAUGGAGUGGAGCCCGGCCCCCGCCCCCGCACCAGCACCAGCACCAGCACCCGCACCCGCCCCAGCACCCGCCCCAGCACCCGCACCCGCCGCAGCACCCGCACCCGCCCCAGCACCCCAGCCUGCGCAAGAGGCUAUGGCAAUGGAGAUCGACCGCGAAGGUCUCUCCGCCGAGGACGACGAUUUCGAGGCCGAGUGGGCCCGACCAUGCGACGAGAGUGAGGCCGAGUCUGACAUCUCGAGCAUCACUGAGGAAGAACUCCUGGAGGCACGUAGCUCCACGGAUGUCCUCAUGACUGCUCCGAUGUCGGACCUGGUUGUCUCUCCGUCCGCUGCCGCUCUGCCUCGUGCGUCUUCCCCGGUGCCUCUUGCGCCUGGGUCCCUCAACUUUGCUGCGCCCCCCGCUCCCCCGAUGUCUGCUGCCCCGGCUCCUCUGGCUCCCCCCGCUUUCCCUCCUGCUGCCCGUGCUCCCCUGGCCCCCAUGGCUACUUUUGGUCGGGCUGUGUCUCUGGCUCCACGCGCGUCCCUCUUUGCGGACGUGGUGAUCCCCCGCCAGGGACCAGCACCAAUUGUGCCUGGGCGGUUUGUUUUCCCUGCUGCCGCUGCUCCCGGUCCGUUCCGCGCGCCCCCUGGGCUGUUCCCUGCUGCUGCCGCCAACGCCGCCCCGCUCUUCAACAGAGUGGACAAUGCCUCGGCGUUGUUCUGCCGGCCUCCGCCAGCACCAGCAGCAGCAGCAACAGCACCAGCAGCGCCAGGAGCAGCAGCAGCAGCAGCACCAGCACCAGCAGCAGCCAGCACGCCCCCUGCCGCCGCCACCGCCGCCCUCGCCGCCGCCGCCGCCACCCUCACCGCCGCCCUCGCCGCCGCCGCCGCCACCGUCACCGCCACCGCCGCCGUCACGCCGCUCCCCGUUGCCGCCGCCCCCGAGUUGUCUGCCCCCCCCGCCGCGCCAAAGCCAGCCUUUGUGUGGAAAAUGGCCGCCCCUGGACCAGCAAUGGCUGUCCAGGAGCCCAAGCCUCUUCCGCCAAAGGCUGAGUCUGCCAACGAGCUCCCGGAUGAGCUGGUCGGCCAGGAGUGUGUGCCCGUGGCUGUACAGCCAGCACCGCCUGCGCCGGUCAGCUCUGAAGUGCCAGAGCUGGCAGCAGCAGCAGCAGCAGAAGCAACAGCAGCAGCAGCAACACCAGAGCCCGCCGUGCCCGCCGUGCCCGCCGCCCCCGCAGCAGCAGCAGCAACAGCAACAGCAACAGCAACAACAACAACAGCAGCAACAGAGCCCGCCGCCGCCCAGGUCCCCGAAGAGGCCGCCGCCGCACCGCUCGCCCCCGCCACCCAGGAGCUUCCGCCGGUCGAGGUCAAGGAGGUGAAGGCUAAGGCCACAAAGGUGUCCAGCUCCGUGUGGGAGGACUACCUUGGUCUGCCGGACACUCCGCAGCCUCGCACCGCGCGCACCGACAAGCUGCCUGCCGUGGUCCCGCCCCCCGUCGUCCUUGCGCCCAGCUCGCCCCAGAAGCUGUCGCGCAAGGCAAUCCGGCAAAACUGGGAGCUCGAGAGGAAGGAGGAGCAGCGCAAGGCUGCAGAGAAGAAGGCCUUCCUGGAGGAAUAUGCUCGGUCCGGCCCUCGCCACAUCGUCUCCGACGAUGUGUGCAAUCGCCUCGAAGAUCUGAAGGCCGCAUGGCAUAAGGAUUCUGAGAGGAAGAAGAGGGCCGAGGCCGAGGCUAAGGAGAGGAUGGCCGAGGCAGCUGCAACCCGGCGUGAAAACGCGGCCCGGCUCCGUGCCGCCAGGCUCAAUCCGCCCGUUUUCGCGCUGGCACCAGCGCAGGUUCCCGUGUUGGCCUCCGUCAGCAUCCUGGUGAGCGCUCCGUCUGAGGCUUGCCGGGUUGUCAAGGCCCGCAUGAGGAACCCGCGCGCGAUCGCGCAGACCCUGUCGGCGUUCGCGGUGGCAAUGGUUGCUGGCCUGUGGGUGUUUGGUUUUGGUGAGCAGCUGGCUGCUCAGGUUCCGGACUCGGUGGCAGAGUCCCUGGAGGCCGUCAUGGACACGCCAGUCUCCGCCAUGCUGUACAGCAUGUGCGAAAGGGUGUCUGUGUGCGGUCCCGGGGGCCUUGUUGCGUUUGGCCGUGCCAACCUUGCCUUCCCCAUUGGGGCCGAUACCUCUCCCUCCUCCAAAGGUUGCUCCUCCUCCGUCCCGGUUUUGCCUGCCUCCGUAGGGGAGGGUGCUGGAGAUGACGUUCCCAGUGAAGAGAUCAGUUCGGGGCCUAGCUCCGUCCUCUUCCAGGAUGUCUUCGGCUCUCUCUCCUGCGGCUUGGCUGUCGAGGAGGUUCCCGCACUGGUGGUGCCCAAGUUGGUUCCUGAGGAAGUCUGCUGGCUGUACGAGGCCGGCAUGACAUAUGGAACUGGCGAGGGCAUUCCGGUGUGCGAGCUUCCAGCGGCGCUGGCCUGGGGUUACGCCGACUACCUUUUGGGGCUCUUGCUCCACGGGGUUAGUUUGGUUUAA